CGGGGCGGCCGCCCAUUGGCGGCGGGGCGGGGGCAGGCUGCCGGGCGGCACCAUGUUGGGGAGCUGGCGGGGGCUGGCGGCGGGGCCGGCCGGGGGCAUGGAGCGCGGGCGCCGGGCGCGAUGGGAAAAGAGCCCCGCACAGCUGUGAAGCCUGCUGCCUUCCUAACGAUGUGCUCACGCUCGUCAGUAGCCCUCUGCACAAUGGACUCGCUCACAGAGUACCGCUUGCAGCUUGGCUAAGGGGUACCAGAAGAUGCUUUAGUGGUGAUACCUCUUUCACAAUGCAAGUUAUGAAUGAAAUUCAUUAACUAACAUCCCCUUCCUUGCCCUGAUCUCCAAUAGACUUCCUGUAACGCUUGGAAGAAAGGGUCAGGGGAGAAGGGUUGAAGGUCACCAUGAAGCUAAAGCAGCGAGUUGUGCUGUUGGCCAUCCUCCUUGUCAUCUUCAUUUUCACAAAAGUUUUCCUCAUUGACAACCUGGACACCUCAGCUGCCAACCGGGAGGACCAGCGCGCCUUUCACCGUAUGAUGGCAAGCCUCCACGUAGAACUGGACCCCCGGCUUGACCAUACGUUGCAGUCCCCUUGGGAAAUUGCAGCCCAGUGGGUGGUGCCCCGGGAGGUGUAUCCUGAGGAGACACCAGAGCUAGGGGCUGUUAUGCACGCCAUGACAACAAAGAAAAUCAUAAAAGCUGAUGUGGGAUACAAAGGGACCCAACUGAAAGCUUUGCUAAUACUUGAAGGAGGACAGAAGGUUGUCUUCAAACCCAAGAGAUAUGCCAGGGAUUAUGUAGUGGAAGGAGAACCAUAUGCUGGCUAUGACAGGCACAACGCAGAAGUGGCAGCCUUUCACUUGGAUAGAAUUCUGGGUUUCCGACGAGCUCCACUUGUGGUUGGCAGGUUUGUGAAUCUACGCACAGAGAUCAAACCAGUUGCCACAGAGCAGCUUCUGGGUACCUUCAUGACAGUGGGUAAUAACACUUGCUUCUAUGGGAAGUGCUACUAUUGUCGGGAAACAGAACCAGCUUGUGCAGACGGGGACAUCAUGGAGGGGUCAGUGACUCUGUGGCUACCAGAUGUCUGGCCUCUUCAGAAGCAUCGACACCCAUGGGGUAGGACUUACCGUGAAGGCAAACUUGCCAGGUGGGAGUAUGAUGAAAGCUAUUGUGAUGCCGUGAAGAAGACUUCACCGUAUGACUCAGGCCCUCGUCUCCUUGAUAUCAUUGACACUGCCAUCUUUGACUAUUUGAUUGGGAAUGCUGACCGGCACCACUAUGAGAGUUUCCAGGAUGAUGAAGGAGCCAGUAUGCUCAUCCUCCUGGAUAAUGCCAAAAGCUUUGGAAACCCUGCCCUGGAUGAAAGAAGUAUCUUAGCUCCUCUUUAUCAGUGCUGCAUCAUCCGGGUUUCUACCUGGAACAGACUUAAUUACCUGAAGAAUGGAGUACUGAAGUCUGCCUUAAAAACUGCUAUGUCGCAUGACCCCAUCUCACCAGUGCUUUCUGACCCUCAUCUGGAUGCCCUAGACCAGCGGCUUCUCAGCAUUCUGGCUACAGUGAAGCAGUGCACAGACCAGUUUGGGCCAGAUGUCGUGCUGGUGGAAGACAGGAUGACUCUGUCUCAUUUGUAAUUGUAGUGGAACACAGAUGAAACUCCUUUUUUUUUAAAAACAAGCAAACAAAAAAGCGAUAGAAAAACAGCACAAUCAGUUCGGAAAGGCCACGGCCAAGAUGGACUGAAAUGAACAGGAAAGCUUCCGAGCCAGGGAAACAGAGGUGACGCUGGCUUUUACCUUGGGUUGACAGCAGUGAGAGGUGGGAAGUUAGAGCCUCGGACGGCUCAGUACCCGUAAUGGCAUCUUGGCCGUUGUGGUGUGUCCAUUGCCGGCAGUGGACAUCGCACUGGAUGAAAAUGGCUCUUGGUGUUGGUGGAAGCGUGUGGAAUACAGACACUAAUUUGUGGACUGAAUCUAGAGGGGACAAAUGGAGACGAACAGUAUGAUCCCCUCGCCUUCUCUUCCCCACAUAUGCUUUUGUCUGAUUCAGGGUUGUACAUAAUCAGCUGUGAGCUGGUUAGGCAUUUUGCUGCUUCUUUAGAGAAAGAGGAAGUGGUGAAUAAAAUAAUUAUUAGACCGAAGAGUUGUGCCACCCCCCGGGGGUGGGAUGUUCUUCUGAAUGCCAUUAGGGGUGGGAGAGGGGACCUCUGCUGCUCAGUUGUCUUUUCCUCAAUAAAAGGCUGGGAAAGGGAUCUGCCUCAUAUGUGAUAAUGCUUCAGUGUUUUGGCUGAAGUCCUGUCAAAGAUUUAUCCACAGGGUUGGAGAUUUAGGGGAGGACAGGGUGGUUAGACAGCACUUGGUAAUUAAGGGGUUAAAGUAAGUUCCCACGUGUCCUGUCACUGUUUUCCAUUUAUAAGGAAUAUGGCAAGGUCUGAGUAGAGAAAAUGCCCUUGUAGUCCUGUGUCCGUAUUAACCAAAUUUUCAUUGUAUUGUAGCUGAGGAGGAGGACAGAAUCUGUCCUUGUAAGCAGGUUCGGUUAAGCGAGGUCAUGCUGCUUACUCCAUGCCCUGUUUCACGUGGGGCAUCUGGGCAUGUUGCACUGGGGAGAGAGCGGUGUAUUGCUGGACUUCCACAGUAACCUACGGCCAAAGGCAAGGCCCUGAAGAGUGGAGGGAACCCUGAGCUGUGGUCUUCCAUCUUCUUCAUCUCGUACAGAGAUGUGCUUCCUGCUGCUCGAUGUUGUAAUCACAGCUCAGUGCUGCUGUUUUGUGGACACCAGUGGUUUUUCAGUCCCCACCAUCUACCUGGCCUGGCUUGUGGCCGAGCUGUGAGCACUUCCAGUAAGUUUUCUGCCUUCCCCGGCUGCUUCCUGCAACCCCCACUGUGAUGUUCUGACUAGGGUGGUCAUCCUGGGGUCCUCGCUCCUGAUGGUUUUGCCAUAGAUAGGGGAGAGUUGGUGUAAGUCAGCUUUUCGGGGCAAACUUGUAGCACUCGUCCUGUGCUAGUGCUGUCAUCCUUCAGCACUGCGUCAGCCUGCGCUGCGGAUGAGCGUGCGGCCAUAAAACUUGUCACACUUGCGGUAGGUCUGAAUCUGCGUCUCCAGAAGGGAACCAGUUUCAUCGUUGCUUUUCCAAAUUUAACAGUCUUGUAUUGAUUUUCAGCUCUGAUGGUAUGGUCUUUAGAAGUAAGGAAAGAGCCCGCUUCCCAAAGUGAUUAUGUAUUAUUGGACUCGUGAGCAAGAGCAGCAAACUGUCGGUUUAAGACCUUUCCCUUGAUUUGUCCGUCAAAAUCUUUCUAGUUCUGCAGUAGUGCAGAUAGAGAGCUGUUUCGUCUUCUUGCGCCUGCUGCCGUACCCGAUCAGAGAGGUCUUAUUGAGGGAGUUUAUUUUUAAAAUUGCAGUUUUAUUUUGUUGAAGUCUUUUUGUCGUUGCCUGAGCAGAGUAUCUUGAAAGUAGAAUGCAACUGUUUACCCAAAAUUGAAAAUUAUGUUCUUCUACAUCUUUGCUAGGCUUGGCCACAUCCCGCCCCACAGGCAGGAUGGGAUGUUGAGUUACUUAUUGAUGUUACUGGUCAGGACUGUAAUGCACAGCCAGCUUUUAGGACACUGGUGUUAAGCUAGUGCCUGUUUAUUGCUGUACAUGGUAAUAUAACACAUCCUUUAAAAGCCAUGAUCCUGCGGUGAGUUUAACCCAGUGGUGUGGAUUGUGCCUUGCGGGGGUUCCCUUGGGGCGGAGAGCUGGGCAGGAGCCAUGCAGGGGUUGCCCUGGGCCCUGUCGCCUGGCUGGCAGGCAGAUUUCGGUGGUGGAGCGAGACAGCGUUGGGAAGUACUGCGGGCAACAGCUAGGUGGUCAGUGAAUGCAUUUAUUCUGAAGCGGAAUAGAUUCAUACUGAGGCAUUUUGGCAUAAACUGUUUCCCCAGAAAUUGAGGAUGAUGUACACAAAGAGGAGACGGUGAAGCACACGGUGGUGGCUCGUAGCAUUUUUAAAAGCAUGUUAUUCUCUUUGAGCUUAGUCAUGAGCACUUAAUGUUUUGGUAAGGAUCUACCAAAAUUUGAUGGUUUGAUUUCUGUAUGAUCACUCUUGAUCAUCUACAUUUGAUUUAAUAAUGGAUUCCAAAAAAAGUCAUUCUGUCUUUAUGAAAUCAAAUUAGUUUUCGGGGCUUACGUAUUGUUUGUUCAUGGGGCUCUAAACUGAAGCUUUUGCUGUCAGAUGGAACCUGGGGGGAUAGGUUUUCCCCCAGUACGAAUGUCAAAGAUUUAAAGCACUCUAUUAGUUCACCCAUAAAUAAAGGGCAUGAAGUCUGGCAUCAUCAGUAGGAGGAAGCAAGAAAUGGUUGCUUUUUUUCUUCUUUUUUUUGUCAUAAUGCUUCUGGUCACUGUAAACACCACAGCCACUUGGUGUUCUGCAGCAGGAAAGAAGAAUAAUUUCCUCUCUUACCCCAAAUCAGGAAGAUCUGAUUUGGGCCUUUUGACAAUCUCUGACAUUUUGGCAGUGAUCGUUGUCUUGCUCGAAUACAGAACCCUGAGAAAUUUUCGAAUCAGUUGUAACCGUUGCAAAGGAAAUAAGAAGCAGCAUCCACAUGCGAAGAGGGUCUGCUUGAAUCUCUGAAAAAUAAUGUCAUUUGUGAGGCAGGCGCUGUGCGCCGUCAGUGAGGUUUUCAUGACACCUUCUGAUCCUUGUUCACUGUGCACACUGUAAUCUGCUGGCUCCAGAUGUUACAAAAUGGUUGGGUUGUGGAUUUUAGUAAUACCAGAGCGCUUGAAGCACAGAAAUCAAGAACUAAUUAAGAAGAGAGCAUCAUCAGCCAUCUGCUAUUUAUCUCCUCCUUCCUAAGUCAGCAGUUGGGCUGGAGGAGACACUGAAGUCGGCUCCUCUUCCAGAAGCUAAUGAACUGGAGCGUGUCUUGCCAAACAAACUUCAACUGAAAAAAUACUAAUUUAUUAAGAAGGUAAUUUAUUUGCUGUGGCAGCUGGAGUAAGAUGCUUGGAACAGACACCCCUCUUGGAGCUGUCAGAGGAUUGCCCCUGGGAGCAGCUGCACAAAUGGAGGUUGCUAAUAAGAAAACAGAAUGCAAUCAUGACUUUCUCCUUGUAUCCCCCGGGGUCAAAUUCCGCAUAAAGCAACAUUGUGUGAAUAAAGAUUUUAAUAAAGCAACAUUGAUGGAUUGUUCUAAGUCUCUCUCUCUCUUCCCCUCCUCUCUGUCUCUCUCUUGUUCCAACAUGUGGUGGGCUGAGUGUUUAGAGUGUCUUGCUCCUGACGUUUCGUGGUUAUUUCUUCACUAAUAGUUAUCAAUGGUAUUUAUUCCAGUUAUGCAUUUCCAAGAAUGGGGUCAAACGCACAGGUUGUUUGCGAGAGCUUUGUUGGUAGGGAAAGAUGUGUUUAAGAAGAGUGUCCCAAAGUGAUACAAAAUAAGAAUGCAUUUAGUUUGACGUGAUAUUCAGAGAGCAAGUAUUUUUUGCUUUUGAAAGUGCAUCCCGUGGCCCUGCGUCUGGAAGC